AUGGCAGGAACUGGAAGCCCCCAAUUCAUGUCAGCUUGCUCUGCUACCACCUCUGCUACAGGGGUAAUAUGCGCUUUAAACACUGGCUUCUUUACUUUGCUUGUGAUUAUUAAUAUCCGAUAUCUAGGGAAGCUUGAGUCGGAUUAUAAGUGGUCAGUGUUAGUGAUUUUCAUAAUACAGUUUGUCGGAGGCAUAUUGGGUACAAUUGCCCCACUUGCCAGAUGUUUCGCAGCCUUAAGCUUCAAGUUGUCACUAAAAUGGAUUUGGAAGCACGUCAAGGUCUCUAAAGUAGAGAGCUUUUGGACACAGAAGUUGUAUGAUUGGAAAAAGAGUAGCAUACCAUUCCCAUCCAGUAGCCGCAAAUGCAAGAUCGUCAUCCAGCUUUUGAAAAUCCUAAGUCUCAGCAUUUGUAUUGGAUUUCAGAAGACAGUCGUGGUGGCAUGCAAGAUGAUAGCAGUGAUUCCAAUUUUCUUUGUGAUAUGUUUCUUGUAUUGUCUCCGUUGUUGGAAGUGGUUAAAGGGCAUGUUUAGUACCUCAAGUGUUGUACUAGGACAAAAUCCUGCCCAGCAAGGAAAAAACAAGGAUCUAAGAGGGUAUGUUUUGCAACUUGAAGACGACAUAGAGUUUGCUGAUAGAACAUUGAAAGGAAUGUUAAAAUCGGUAAACCGUUUGAUCCAAAAGGCUGAAAAACAACAACCCAACAAUCUUAUGAAGCUUCUUGCGGAAUCUAGAGGCUUUGAAGGGGUUGAAAAGUUUGAAAGUCAUCGUGUCCCUCCUUUAGUUUCAGAAGAAUAUAUCAAUUGUUGGAGUUUGCCAUUGGUUACUCUAACAUCCAUCAUCAUGUCUCUUCCUAACAUCCAAAAGAACAAAGUCGAUUGCUUGGUGAGUGGUGUGAGUGAAGGUCUUGUAUAUGUCAAACUUGUGGAAGAAACCCUCAACACUACUGAUGAUCAUGUAAGAAUUCAAAAGGCAGCUAAAACUUUGUGGGUAGAAGUUGAAGUAUACCACAAAUGGUUAGGAAACAAGCUUCCAAUAUCUAAGCCCAGAAUGAAUACACCAGAACAUAUUCUUCAAUGGCUAAGGAAUACAGCUAAGAACAUGGUCAUCAAGGUGGAAAGUAUGGAUAUCAGAGGCCAAAACGAUAAUUCCAAAUACAGUUCUAUUUGUGCCAAUUCAAUGUAUCGUAUCACCGAAACAAUCCUGCUCUCAUACCACGAGAACAUUGACGAGAUUAGCCAAGAGGAACUAUUUGCCAUGUUAUCAUCAAUGAUUGCCGAUAUAUUAGCUGCUUGUCUCACCAACUUGCCCCAAGUCAUUACAAUGAAAUGCCACACAAGUGCCAUAGAGAAAAGGGAGGCGAGUGUCCGAGCUGCUGCCCAACUUCUUGGUGAGACUACACAGAUAAUCAACAGCCUUCAAGAUCGUGAACUUCCAAGUUUGAAUCCAAAGGACUUGGCUUUUAUUGAUAAAUGGCAUUCUUACUUAAAGCACCCUUUUCCUUGA